AUGGACGGCGCAUGCGACGAGCCCGAUGCUCCAACUCCCAACGCAGUCAGUCGAACCUCCAGUGUGGUUGACAUCAAGUCACAAACCCCCCGGCCUUCGGUAGUGCAUUUCUUGUCUGAUGACCAUCUGAACUGGAGAGAAAGAGAGCGUGCUACCUUUGUGAACCCGUUUUCACCCGAAGACCCGUCGUCCAGGAAGACUUCGACCUCUUCUGAAGCCACAGCCUACCUCCGACCCAAUGCUUUUGCGGGUCAUCGAGAUACGCUGGUAAGACUGCACUACUUCACCUCGAGCGACCAUGACAACGAGGACACCGCAGACAGUGACGCGGACUCAUUCUCGACUGCCCUCACCCGUCAGCCGUCUAGACGAGCCAGCCUGGCCGGGGCAAAUCUGGACCUCUUCUAUCCGCUCCGGGUUGUCGAUGCCGUGCUCCAGUAUGUGGCCCUUGAUGAUUUUAAGGCUAUGCGACUAGUCUGCCGCCAAUGGCAUGCAAAUCUGCCUCGCCCCAAGUUUCCUGGUGCGUACCUUGUUCCCAGAGAAAUAUUGAAAGAAAUCUUCUCCUACUUGACACCCUGUGACUUUGAUGCAGCCCGCCACACGUGCAAGGCCUGGUUCUUGGCUAGCCUGGACCGAUAUGUCUUGGAACCAAUGCUCCGAGCAAGUGGGUGUCAGGCUGCGUUGGCCACAGAUCUUGAACGGAUACAUGGGUCUUUCCUUGCAGAGAGACGAAGCUGGGACAGUCGACUUGGCCCAGUGCCGGCCGACGCCGAGAAUGCCAUUGAUACAGAAUGGCUGUAUUCCAGAAGACUGGCUACAGAAAGUCGACUAUCGCCCGACUGGCGAGGCUCUUUCCUGCCGGAUGAUUCGGCUCAGUCGUCUAGACUCUCAAAGAUCGAGGAAGUCGAUUUCUCCAAGGUCACAAACCCACCCGUUUCACGGACAAAGUCCAGAUUCACGGUAUCAGCAUGUGGCAGAUUUGUCCUCGUGGUCUCUGGGGGCGACAUAUCUGUCUACAGCUUGUGCGAUUCGGAGCAGUCGCUUGUCCCGGUGGUUAGACUAGCCACAGGGUUUGAUGUGUUGAAGGUCAGCAUGGAUACCAGCUCGGAACGAUACUCAGUCGCUGCCCUCCUCGCAGGGCGUAUCGGCAUGCUGUGGGAUCUUCAAGGCAGCCACAUCCAGAUAAGGUAUCGCAACAAUUCCGGCGAGACAAUGAGCUUGACAAUGCAGAAAGACAUCCCCGGCCCAGCCAACUACCAGAUUUCCACGCUCGCCAGCGUCAACCUACCGAUCAAUUCCCAUCAUACGCACGCUACGGGAGUAUCUGAUUCGGACCUUGAGGCGACGACAAUGAAUGAUUACAAUCACCCUGUCAGGGCCACACCAAGUCCUCCAUUCUUGUGGGACGAGGACAUGCGUAGCUCCGAGAGCCCGGAAGAAGUUGAAGAUUUACACACCGCGGAUGAUGCCAAUCAAGUGCAAGAUCGCUUGGGGAUUCCCAUUGAGACUCGAGCAACGUCCGUUUACAACAAUCUCGGAAGUGUGGAUGAUCAGCCAAGGAGCGUAGCGAUUUGCCCCAAUCGAAGAUGUGUUGCAUUUGGUUGUCGGAUGGGUAUUGAACUUCACUGGGUCGAUGCUCUUACUGGUGGUCAACUCAACCGCUGGUUUCCCCUCGCUGCGCCGAGCGACUAUCUUUAUUUUCUGCCUCGACGAUGUGGAACGGAUUCGAAGAGGAAGCUCAGGCUGAUCUCGAGUGCUGCAGGACCAGUUGUCACUCAGCUUGUCAGGAGCGACAGCACACCAGCCACGUCAAAGUACUGGCCUACCCCAGCAACCUUUGGCCGGCGACAGAGCUUGACAAGGCUCUUUUUCGGGAAUCUACCAUUCCCAACGCCCGUCAGCGGCUCAGGUGACUUGUCUGGCUCGGUCAGCCCUGAAAGAGCCCAUGGGGCCCAAGGGGUUUUGCGGACUGUUGAUUGCGGUCAUUUUCAUGCAGUGCCAGUCAGCGACGGAUUCCACCUGAUUUUCACGGAUCCAGGGAGUGGACUUCUCUGCUUGGGCAGUGACGCACCACUAGGAGGCCCGACAAAACUUGUUCGAAAGAUCAUGUUCAUUCCUCCCGGAGAGGGUGGCCGAACGUCUGCACCACGCCGCUACUCUGUCGGUAAAGCCCUGGGUUGGGGUUUGAGGCUCGUCGCCGUGUACGAUGAUGAUCAAGUCGUGCUGUACAAUAUUCCAUCUGAUAUUAUCGGGCGGCUACAAGGCCAGAGAAGCUUGACCGAUAUCUGGGACGAGAACUCUGGUGUUGUUGGGCAAAGUGAUCUGAUCAUGGACUCUCUGAUGAAUCGCGAUGAACCCGGCCCACCUGGUGGUCCAGCGGUCCAAGAAGCCCCGGAACACGACGACGGCUAUGCUCAGGAGCCUCUGCAACUUGCAGGUUCUCUCAUUGCUCGUGUCGCCGACCAACCCGUGGACGAUAUUGCGGUCCAAUCCGAAAAUGGUGGACUUUCUGUUUGGCUCUUCUACAGAAGUGGAUUGGCAGAAUUUUAUAGCAUCUACGCGCCUUGGCCCUAUCAAGUGCGAAGAAGGCUUGUAGGGGAGAACGGCUUCAUUUGCGACUGUGACAACCAGAUGCCUGUCGAGACUAGGACUGUUACCGGGACGGCAAAGGGCAAGGAGAGAGCGGAUCAAGAAACCAGGCAUGUCAAAUGGGCCGGUCAGGGAAAUUAG